GAAGUGCUAACAUUUCAUUUUGCUGUAGUGAGUUAUAUAACCUUGAAUCACGGGACUGCUGUAUUGAUCAGAUUCUGAAUUUUGUUAUUAUUCCAUCAGUGGACAAGUUUACAGCGGGAUUGGCACAACAUUAUAACAGUACAGAGACACUGUAAGAAUGCAUCGAGCAAGAGCAGUCUUUGUAGUUUCAAACAAAGUUGGUAGCAGUGAGAGAUUUGCAUCAUGGCUCCUCAACAAACCACAGACCGCCGCUGUGACAGUAAACGCCAAUAGGCUGAAGAGUUCGACAGCGGCAGAACCCUUCCUCAAUGGCUCCAGUUCGGCAUACGUCGAGACUAUGUACAACACAUGGCUCUCAGAUCCCAACUCUGUACACGCGUCGUGGGAUGCAUUCUUCAGAAAUGCAACCAACGGCGCUCAGCCCGGAGCCGCAUACCAAUCUCCACCAAAUCUCGCUCCGUACUCCAAAAAUGAAGUCCCUCUCACAUCCCUUGUACCAGCGUCUGGUGGCAUGCCUUCUAUUUCCGCAGGAUCUCCUAUCAACGAAAAGAUCAUCGAUGACCAUCUUGCUGUUCAAGCCAUCAUUAGAAGUUACCAGGCUCGCGGUCACCUGGCUGCCGACGUGGACCCGCUCGGGAUCACCACAGCCAACCUGCCCGAUCUGGGCAUGCGCGCGCCAAGCUCCGAGCUCAUCAUGAGGAAAUAUUUCAAAUUCGAUGAAGCUGAUAUGGACAGAGUAUUCAAACUUCCAUCAACGACAUUCAUUGGUGAAAAGGAAAAAGCCUUGCCUCUAAGGGAAAUCUUAAACCGUCUAGAACAGGCUUAUUGUAACAACAUCGGUAUCGAGUUUAUGUUCAUUAACUCGUUGGAACAAUGUAACUGGAUCAGACAGCGGAUGGAGCCACCUAAUGUUACCAAAAUGAGCAACGACCAGAAGAGAUUGAUUCUUGCUCGUCUUACUAGAUCUACCGGAUUCGAGAACUUCCUAGCAAAGAAAUGGUCGUCAGAGAAGCGUUUCGGCCUGGAGGGCUGUGAAAUCCUGAUCCCGGCCAUGAAGCAGGUCAUCGACGUCUCCACGCGCCUUGGAGUCGAGUCUAUCAUCAUGGGAAUGCCGCACAGAGGUCGCCUGAACGUGCUGGCCAACGUAUGCCGCAAACCUCUUCACCAGCUAUUCACCCAGUUCGCCGGUCUCGAAGCAGAAGACGACGGUUCCGGUGACGUAAAAUACCACUUGGGCACAUACAUCGAGCGCUUGAACCGCGUUACAAAUAAGAACAUUCGCUUGGCCGUGUGCGCCAAUCCUUCGCAUUUGGAGGCUGUUGACCCUGUCGUGCAGGGCAAGACUCGUGCUGAGCAGUUCUACAGAGGUGACAAUGAGGGCAAGAAGGUGAUGUCAAUUCUCCUCCACGGAGAUGCGGCGUUCGCCGGCCAGGGCGUGGUGUUUGAGACCAUGCACUUGUCAGACCUGCCCGCGUACACAACGCACGGUACCAUCCACAUUGUCGCCAACAACCAGAUUGGCUUCACCACUGAUCCUAGGCAUUCAAGAUCUUCUGCCUAUUGUACUGACGUGGCUCGUGUCGUAAACGCACCAAUCUUCCACGUCAACGGUGAUAAUCCAGAAGCGGUGAUGCAUGUGUGUAAUGUUGCCGCGGAAUGGCGCGCGACCUUCCACAAGGACGUGGUCAUCGACAUCGUGAGUUACCGUCGCAACGGACACAAUGAGGUGGAUGAGCCCAUGUUUACGCAGCCGCUUAUGUACCGCACCAUUCGUAAAACAAAGCCGGUAUUGGAGAAAUACGCUGAUCAACUCAUUUCCGAAGGCGUAGUCACGGCUGAGGAAGUUAAAGACGUCAAAGAUAAAUAUGAGAAGAUCUGCGAGGACGCGUACAACCAGGCCAAGCAGGAAACUCACAUUAAGUACAAAGAUUGGCUCGACUCGCCGUGGUCCGGCUUCUUUGAGGGCAAAGACCCUCUCAAAAUGUCUGCAACGGGGGUAGUAGAAGAAACCCUCGUACACAUCGGCAAGCGUUUCUCGUCACCCCCACCCAAUGCGGCCGAGUUCGAGAUCCACAAAGGUCUGCUGCGUAUCCUCAAAUCUCGCAUGGAGAUGGUUGAAAACCGUACAGUGGACUGGGCGUUGGCUGAGGCCAUGGCUUUCGGCUCUUUGCUGAAGGAAGGCAUCCAUGUCCGCUUAUCUGGAGAGGACGUAGAGAGAGGCACCUUCUCCCACAGGCAUCACGUGCUGCACCACCAGAAAGUUGACAAGGCAACGUACUGCCCUCUGGCACAUCUCUACCCCGAUCAAGCUCCUUACACUGUCUGCAACAGCUCACUCUCAGAAUACGGUGUACUCGGUUUCGAAGUAGGCUACUCAGUAACAAACCCCAACGCUUUAGUGCUGUGGGAGGCCCAGUUCGGUGACUUUAACAACGUAGCUCAAUGCAUCAUCGAUCAGUUCAUCUCCAGUGGUCAGGCCAAGUGGGUGCGCCAGUCUGGCCUCGUGUUGCUGCAACCACACGGCAUGGAGGGAAUGGGUCCCGAGCACUCGUCGGCUCGUCUCGAACGAUUCCUGCAAAUGAGCGCUGAUGAUCCUGACUACAUGCCACCGGAGUGCUCUGAUUACGAAGUACGCCAACUGCACGAUUGCAACUGGAUCGUGGCGAACUGCUCCACACCGGCAUCGUAUUUCCACAUUCUGCGUCGCCAGAUUGCAUUGCCGUUCCGCAAGCCGUUGAUCAUCAUGACGCCCAAAUCGUUGCUGCGUCACCCCGAGGCCAGGUCCUCCUUCGAUGAGAUGGUUGACGGCACUAAUUUCAGACGAGUGAUCACGGAUGAUGGACCAGCGGCCAAGGACCCUUCGAGCGUGCGCAAGCUCUCGUUCUGUACGGGCCGCGUCUACUACGACUUGUUGAAGGAGCGCCGCGAUAGGGGCUUGGAGAAGGAUAUUGCCAUUUGCAGAGUGGAGCAAAUUUCGCCGUUCCCGUACGACCUGAUCAAGGCUGAAGUAGCGAAGUACCCGAACGCGCAGCUGGUCUGGACUCAGGAGGAGCACAAGAACAUGGGCUCCUGGAGUUACAUCGAGCCACGUUUCCGCACGCUGUUGCAGAACCAGAAGCAUAUCAGGGCAAAGUCCCAUUCACAGGAGGGUAGUUGGUUUAGCCAGCUUUUCGGCCGGUCACAGCCCGCCCGGCAAACUGUUGAGACGGACUGUGAAAAGCCACGCACCAUUAGCUACAACGGCCGAGCGACUGCAGCGUCGCCUGCCACCGGCUCCAAGGCUGCUCACAACAAGGAGCUCAAGAACCUUCUUGACGAGUUUUGCGUACUCUAAGUCAAGUCUUAACUGAACGCCCCCCUAGCAACUUUUAACUUUGGUAUUGGUCUGUUCAAAGAUAUAGGUUUAUACAGGUUCUUUUACCUUUUAUUAGAAUCCAAUUUAUCACAUUGUGCGAUCUUUAUAAACUGUAUUUUUACGUAACGAGCUAUCAUCUCGAAAACGAAAUUUAACUGAUCGUAAAAUAUCGAUUCUUUGACACAAGUAUCGAUUUAAUUUAUUUUAACUUCGUUACCUUCAGUAUUUUGCUGUAAUUCUCUUCACGAUUAGGUAGAGUAGUUAGUUAAAUUUUAUUUAUUUAUUCAAUGUAGCAUAAUAUCUGACUUGUAGUUUCUACAUAACUUAAUUUUAAUAGUAGAAGCAAUGUAACUUAGAAUCACGUAGUCUCCACUUGGUAAGAUGAUUUUAAUUUUAAUUUGUUUGUUUGCUUCGGUGAAACAAAACCGUACAUUGUAAAAUUAGGAAUAGCGCUAAUAUUGCGCUGGUUGUGUUGAUUUUGUACAUAUUAGUGUGAACAUUUAUUUUUGUACUUUUAUUUUACGUAAAUCAAAGUUUUUUAAUUGUAACGGGUUUUAAGUUCGUACGUUCCUUUUGCUAGUCCGAAACGAUUAUAAAUUGUUCGUGUACGAUACAUACACAAUUGUGUGAAGCCUAUGUAAUUUUCUUUUGUCUUUACAAUAUUGCGAUCACAAAAAUUAUCUUGCAGGUAAAUUGUCCAUACUUUAUUGAAGCGAUAAUAAUGUAAUGUAAAUUACAUGCCACGUAAAUGAUACGAUAAAUAACAUCUUACAAGUUGAAAGACUAUAUAAUAAAAACAACAAAAAAAUGGAAAAGAAAAUAAUAGUAAACGCCGCCCCACAAAUUUAUGUAUCGAAGAAAUUGAAGAUAGGCAACAGUGAGGCUGUGGAAACAAACAUGUAUUUUUGAUAUGAUCUACACAACGGUUUCUCUGAGUACACUGAGUACAAAAUUCACCAUAACACCGCUUAGCAACGUUUCUAAAACGUUUUUGUUGUUUUCUGACGAGACUCGCAAAAGCUAUUUGUACAUAACAUAUUAUGACUUCUCAUGGCACUAGUUCUGAACUAAAUAGCACUAAAGUUAUUAUAUCUAUGUAAUUACUUGUUAGUGGUACUAAGGUCGUUAUAUUUUGCAACCAACCGACCCCUGUACGUGCGCCAAUCUGCGAAAUUGAAACCGCAAAGAGUGGAAACAUCUUUUCUCACUCAGAUUGUAGAUUUACUUCGCUUGUAGUGACUGUCGUUUCAAACGGCACUUGUAAGGAGUAACACCAACGUCCAAUGCUUUGUAAAAACCAACGCGUAUUAUUAUCUUCUUAAUCUUCGAAUUAGUGUCUUUUCGUAAUACUAAAUUAAUGUAUAAUAAACAGUUUCACUGAUCUGAUGGUUAAGUAAUUGAAAAUGAGAAAAUGCGUAAUGUCAAAUUUAUGAAUACCAAUUUGUCAGUGAAAAUAUAUUGUUAAUUUUCGUGCGGUAUAUUAAUUUCUACUCUGUAUUUAUACGCAUGUUUAAUAUGCACUAUUUUUCUGUUAAUUUGGCUAUUUUGAUGUUUAUAUGUAUUUGGUAGUAGCUCAGGGCGGUAGGCUAGGAAUGUAUGGUGGUAAAUAAGAUUGAUUGUUUGAAUGGCUUGUCUGGUAGGAACAUACUGAGCCAAUUUAUUGCUAUGCUAGUUUGAAAUAG